UUGUGGUUUUUAUGUAAUUAUUAUUACCUACAGCAAGGGACCUGUCAGAACCGGAGUGAAUUUCUCAUCCAUCAGCGGAUAGACGCCAUCCAUAGAUGCCACCCGUCAGACUUGUUGCCCUAUUGUCAGCAAAUGUACCGAUCUGUACGCCUUUGUGUGUGGGGUUAGGUGAGUCAUUCCGAUUUCUCCAGAAUUAAUUUUCGUAUCAAUGCCUAUCAAUUCCAUCAAUCCCGGCCGCGACACCGGCGCGCGUAGCUUCAAUUCACCAGAUUAGACUCGGAGCUCCGUACAUGUAUGGAUGCAUCUUUACCUUCAAAGUUAGUACUUAUUAUGAUAGCAUCAAGCCUUGUUAACUUUAAAAAUGCACCCCUAUAACAUUUGAACCCUAACGCCACAUAUAUCAUAUACAUGUAAAUAGUGUUGAUCUCUCAGAUCAGUGUAUUAUUCAUCAUUCAUCAUUUAUCUUCUGUCACAUAAUUCUCUUUCUUCAGUCUACCUUUGAUAAGAUGGGUUCCACAGAUCAUAAGGACCGCGGAGUCCGUAUCGCGAUCGAUCGUGGCGGCACCUUUACGGACUGCGUUGGCACAUUGAACGGCAAGAAUGUUGUAAUCAAGCUCCUGUCUGAGGAUCCGGCCAAUUAUGAUGAUGCACCGCUGGAAGGCAUCCGGCGCAUCAUGAGCCAUUUUGAAGAACGAGAAAUCCCUCGCGGAGAAGCUCUAGACACUUCCAAAAUAGACAGCAUACGUAUGGGAACUACGGUGGCAACUAACGCCUUACUUGAACGUAAGGGCGAGAAGAUGGCGCUGGUCGUGACCAAGGGCUUUCGAGACUGUCUCGUAAUAGGCAAUCAGAGCCGUCCUAAGAUAUUCGACCUCGCUAUUAAGAAACCGGACGUUCUAUAUGAAGACGUUGUCGAGGUAGACGAGAGAGUCACGCUUGAGGAUUACGCUGAGGAUCCAGAGCGAAGUUUAACCAAAGCCGACGUAAAGGCUGGAACAGCGGACGUGGCAAAAGCAAGUCUCGUGAUGGGUCUUUCAGGAGAGACGGUGCGCAUCUUGCAACGACCGGAAGAAAAGAGGAUCAGGGACCAGUUGAAGAGCAUAUUCGAUAAAGGUAUCAGAAGUAUAGCUGUCUGUCUAAUGCAUGGUUACACAUUUCCAGAUCAUGAAGCAUUGGUGGGCAGGAUUGCGAGGGAAAUCGGCUUCGACCAUAUCUCACUCAGUCACGAACUCAUGCCAAUGAUUAAACUGGUCUCGCGGGCAACAAGUGUUUGCGCCGAUGCAUACCUGACACCAGCAAUAAAAAAGUAUAUCGCGGGUUUUCAAAAAGGAUUUGCCGGUGGUCUGGGAACAAGGAAUGUGCUCCAACAAGAGGGCGGUAAAGGCGCAAGAUGCGAGUUCAUGCAGAGCGAUGGUGGAUUGGUGGAUGUCGAGAAAUUCACCGGAUUGAAGGCCAUCCUGUCUGGUCCUGCAGGUGGUGUGGUGGGCUAUGCUAUCACGAGCUACGAUGAAGAGACUAGAAUUCCGGUCAUUGGGUUUGACAUGGGUGGCACCAGCACUGACGUUUCUAGAUACGGAGAGGGUCGAUACGAGCACGUUUUCGAAACGACAACAGCAGGCGUUACGAUACAAUCCCCCCAACUGGAUAUCAACACCGUCGCUGCUGGAGGUGGGAGUCGACUCUUUUUCAAGAAUGGUCUUUUUGUCGUCGGUCCUGAAUCAGUAGGAGCCCAUCCCGGCCCUGCCUGUUACCGAAAAGGUGGCCCCGCUGCGGUGACGGAUGCGAAUUUAUUCCUGGGCCGUCUACUGCCGGAAUUCUUCCCAAAAAUCUUCGGAAAGAAUGAGGAUGAGGGUUUGGACUUUGAGGCGAGCAAGAAAGUCAUUCAAGAGCUGACCGAUCAGGUCAAUAAAGAAACUGGAAAGAAUAUGACCUUGGAUGAAGUAGCCUACGGUUUCUUGACGAUCGCAAAUGAGGCCAUGACGAGGCCGAUCCGAUCGAUCACCGAAGCAAAGGGACACGAUUCCUCAAAACAUCGAUUGGCGACAUUUGGUGGUGCUGGCGGUCAACACGCUGUCGCUAUUGCAGAGGCUCUGGGCAUCAAACAAAUCCUGGUACAUAGAUAUUCUUCAGUUUUAUCGGCAUACGGCAUGGCCUUGGCAGAUGUCGUGGACGAGAGACAGGAACCGGACUCGGCAGUGUGGAAAGAAAAUAGUGAUGUGAUCGAAGGACUAAAAGCCAAGAUGGAAAGGCUUAAAGAAAAGUCACGCUCGACGCUACUGGAUCAAGGUUUUGAGGACAGUGAGAUUGUUUUCGAGGAGUACAAUAGUCAGGACUGGGCAUUCGACAAGGCUUUCGUCAACAACCACCGCUACGAAUUCGGAUUCACCCUCGAUGAUAGAGAUAUAAUUGUGGAUGAUGUACGAGUUCGCGGUAUAGGCAGAAGCUUCAGGUACCAAGAUAAAACCGUGGAUCAACAGUUGAAGGAAGUCAAGCGGCAAACCGUCAGUGACGACAAAACACACGGCAAAUCCCAAGUCUAUUUCGAGGGCGGUCGGUUGGAAACACCCAUCUAUAAGCUCGAAGAUUUAUCAAUCGGCAAUGUGAUUAACGGGCCUGCCAUGCUAGCAGACGGCACACAGACUAUCGUGGUAACUCCAAAGGCAAAGGCGCUGAUUCUCGAGACUCACGUUAUUAUUGACCUAGAGAAGGAUAGCAAGGAUGACUCACAUAAAAAGGAGUCAUCUGAACGAGAAGCAGACCCCAUCAUGUUGAGUAUUUUUGGCCACCGUUUCAUGGCCAUCGCGGAACAGAUGGGUAGGGCGCUUCAAAAGACGAGCGUAAGCACGAAUGUCAAGGAACGCCUUGAUUUCUCGUGUGCUAUAUUCGAUUCUACUGGUGGGCUCGUGGCGAACGCUCCCCAUUUACCAGUCCAUCUAGGGUCUAUGUCGACCUGUGUUAAGACGCAAGCAAAGAUUUGGGAAGGCAAGCUGAAAAAGGGAGACGUGAUUAUGUCGAACCAUCCCUCAUUCGGUGGCACCCAUCUACCAGAUAUCACCCUCAUCAUGCCCGCCUUUAACGAGAAGGGAGAUAAAAUAUUGUUCUACGCAGCGUCUCGUGCCCACCAUGCAGAUAUCGGUGGAAUAACGGCGGGCAGCAUGCCACCGCAUUCGAGAGAACUAUUCCAGGAAGGCGCAUCGAUCGAGAGUGAAAAGGUUGUCAGCGAAGGAAAGUUCAACGAGGAGAGAAUCACAGAGCUUCUCUACACUGAGCCGGCACAAUAUCCCGGUUGCAGUGGCACUCGAUGCCUAGCCGACAACCUCAACGAUCUCCGGGCCCAGGUCUCUGCAAACCAGAAGGGUAUCUCCCUCAUCGAGGGCCUGAUACAAGAGUACGGUGAAGAAACAGUGCAGUUCUAUAUGGUGAACAUCCAAAAGAACGCCGAGCUCUGUGUCCGACAGCUACUGAAGCAGGUUUAUAAGGGAUUUGAGGGGAGAGACUUAACUGCGAUAGAUUACAUGGACGACGGAUCCCCGAUUCAAUUACGCGUCACUAUCGACCCAGAGAAAGGCGAGGCGGACUUCAACUUUGAAGGUACUGGUCCCCAGGUCUAUGCCAAUAUCAACGCACCAGAAGCCAUCACAUUCAGCGCCAUAAUAUAUUGUUUACGCUGCCUCAUCUCAGAAGACAUCCCUCUAAACCAGGGCUGCCUAAAACCCAUCACUGUCAGGAUUCCUCCCAAGUCACUCCUAUCUCCCUCGACGGGAGCCGCAGUGGUUGGCGGCAACGUGCUGACCAGCCAACGGGUUACGGAUGUCAUCUUCAAGGCCUUCCAGGCGUGCGCGGCCAGCCAGGGAGACUGUAACAAUUUGACGUUCGGUUUCGGUGGUAACGUUUCGGGACAGAAGGAGGUAAAGGGUUUCGGCUACUACGAGACUAUCGCGGGUGGCAGCGGCGCGGGGCCUGACUGGGAGGGAACGAGUGGUGUUCACACGCAUAUGACCAAUACGCGCAUUACGGACUCCGAGAUAUUCGAGCGUCGGUAUCCCGUGAUACUGCGCCAGUUCUCUAUCCGCAAGGGCUCGGGCGGCAACGGCCAGCACCGCGGAGGCGACGGUGUGGUUCGUGACAUCGAGUUCCGCAUCCCGAUGCAAGUAUCGAUCCUCAGCGAGCGCCGGGUAUACCACCCGUACGGCCUUGCGGGCGGCGAGGACGCCAAAUGCGGACUUAACAUAUGGGUCCGCCGUGUGCAGAAGACGAACCCGGAGAAGGAUAUAGCGGCGCAGGGCGAGCACCUACCACAACAGAGCGACGCCGAUUAUGAAGAGCGUUACAUCAACUUGGGCGCUAAGAAUAGCUCUCCUAUGAAGCCCGGCGACCGCAUUAUCAUCAACACCCCCGGCGGAGGGGGCUGGGGUAAGGUCGGAGACGAGAAGGUCGAAAGAGAACGGAAGGACCACACCGAGGCCUGGAGAAAGGGGAGCCACGCCGCUCGUGAGGAUGUCGCGUUGCAGAUCUAGCGCCACUUGGGAACUAAUAAAAAAGGGGGGGCUGGAAGUGGAAAAUUUCUUUACUCCGCACAUGUUUAGGGGGGAGUGCGUGUAUCAUAAUGCUUUCGAAGCGACGUGUUAAGCCACCCGAGCUUCUGAAUCCCAGAAGUAUGUCCAUUCGCAUACUACCAACUGCUACCGUAACAUGAAAUUACUUACCUACCUAAGUCAUACAAACACUCGUAUAACCAAAAGGGGAUUGUAUAGUAUUCUAACUGAAACGCUAUCAUUCAUCCCCAUCGGCACAGCUAUUCAAAUUAGGAAGGUUUGGCUAGAAGACGGAAGCGUUUAAUGAUUCUUGAUGACAAACGGCCUAUCAGACGACCUCGUUG